AAAAUGUUCACGGGCUUCGCCAGAAAGUUCACCAUCGCCGAGCAGGCACCCACGCCGGACGUCAAGGAAGCAUUUUCCAAGUUCGCCGACGGCUCCCCCUCCAUGUCCGCCGACCAGCUCCGGUGCUUCCUGCUGGACCACCAAGGCGAACUGGACUGCACCGCAGAGGAUUCGAACCAGCUCAUCGAGAACGUUUUGCAAUCGCGGAUUCGGAAUCAGGAAAGCGACACUGCCAAGUGCAACUCCAAUGACGUCCACCAUAGUAACGGACAGGGACUCGGCCUCGACGAGUUCUUCCAUUUCUUGUUCUUCGAUGAUUUCAACGGUCCCCUGAAAUCCCAGGUACAUCAUGAUAUGAAUGCUCCGUUAUCACAUUAUUUCAUAUAUACAGGGCACAAUUCCUAUCUGACUGGGAAUCAGCUGAGCAGCGAUUGCAGUGAUGUGCCAAUCAUAAAGGCUUUGCAAAGAGGUGUGCGAGUAAUUGAACUAGAUUUAUGGCCAAAUUCAACUAAAGAUGAUAUCGUUGUAGUUCAUGGAAGGACACUUACCACUCCUGUCUCACUCAUCCAAUGUUUGAAGUCCAUAAAAGAGUAUGCUUUUGUUAAAUCUCAUUACCCAGUCAUUAUAACUUUAGAAGACCACCUUACUCCAGAUCUUCAAGCUAAAGUUGCAGAGAUGACAACUCAAAUAUUUGGAGAUAUGCUCUAUUAUCCUCAGACAGAUCCUCUGACAGAAUUCCCCACACCAGAAUCAUUGAAAGAUCGAAUUCUUAUAUCAACUAAACCACCAAAAGAAUAUCUUGAAAUCAAGCAAUUCAAGGACAGCGAGAGUGAAAAGGAAUUGGCUGAAGAAGGAUCAUCAUCGCCAUGCCUUAUUACUGAAGUGGAAGCUGACGACAGGAUCAAUGAAUGUGAUCACGAUGAGGAAGGUUUGUAUGCUCGUGAUAAAAAAUCAGACCAGCCGAGUGCCCCUGGGUACAAACGUUUGAUUACAAUCCAUGCUGGAAAACCGAAGGGUCAAAUAAAGGACCACUUAAAAGUUGUUGGGGAUGUUAAGCGCUUGAGCAUGAGCGAACAGGAACUUGAAAAGGCUUCUGCCUCUUAUGGAGCUGAUAUCGUUAGGUUUACACAGAAGAAUAUUCUCAGGGUUUAUCCAAAGGGAACACGUGUCACCUCAUCAAAUUACAGGCCACAUAUAGGGUGGACAUAUGGUGCUCAGAUGGUUGCAUUUAACAUGCAGGGGUACGGAAAAUCACUCUGGUUCAUGCAAGGGAUGUUUAGAGCAAAUGGAGAAUGCGGUUAUGUGAAAAAGCCUGCAUUUCUAAUAGAAAAAGGUCCACAUAAUGAGGUUUUUGAUCCUAAAAGAACAUUGCCUGUCAAGAAGACGUUAAAGGUAAAAGUAUAUAUGGGAAACGGGUGGAGCUCAGAUUUCGGCAAAACUCACUUUGAUACGUUCUCUCCACCAGACUUUUACACAAAGGUUUGCAUUGUUGGAGUACCAGCUGAUAAAGCCAAUAAGAAGACCAGCGUAAUUCAAGAUAAUUGGUUUCCUGUCUGGGACGAGGAAUUUGAAUUUCCUUUGACAGUUCCAGAACUCGCUUUGCUCCGGCUAGAAGUUAGAGAGUAUGAUAAACAUGAAAAGGAUGACUUUGGCGGGCAAACGUGUUUGCCAGUCUCUGAGCUGAGAUCUGGAUUCCGGUCAGUCCCACUAUAUGAUCAGAAGGGCGAGAAACUAAAAUCUGUAAAGCUUUUAAUGCGAUUUCAGUUUAUGUGAACUACAUGGUUUAGCCUUCUAGCCGUAUAAUAUGGUCUCAGGUGGUUUUCCUUCUGACUAGUAACUAGGGGCAUCGAGAAGAUCGUUGUAACUAUAAAUUUAUCUUAAUCUUUUAUUGCUUGAAAUAGUGUGGGCUUUAGAGGUUAUCUUCACCUUCAACAUCGACACAAACUGUGUUAAGAUUUUCAAUUAUGUA